AUGGCUUCGGUAGAGAAGACUACUGGCCAUGUGGCCGCCGAAAGGGUCACAUCUACACAAGGACACAACACCGGAGACGACACCAACGCGGCUAUCAACAAUGAGCACAACAUGUCCGUCCGACAGUCUUUGAGAUUCUGGUGGAAGGCCAUCGUCUUUUCUUUCGUCAUCUCGCUCUGCGUGGUUAUGGAGGGAUACGAUACCAGUCUCAUGAACAAGUUUUUCGCCUUCCAGCCCUUUCGCAACAGGUUCGGCGAUGAAGUCGAUGCUGAUGGCAACAAGCUUGUGUCUGCGAGGUGGCAGACUAUCAUUCUCAAUGGAACACAGGUCGGAUGCAUUCUCGGUCUCAUCAUCAACGGCUACAUCACAGAAUGGAUCGGAUACAAGAAGACCAUGAUUGCUAGCAUGCUGUUCAUGACUGCUGCCAUCUUCAUCCCGUUCUUCUCUACAGGACUGGAGAUGUUCCUUGUCGGAGGUAUCAUCCAGGGUCUUCCAUGGGGUGUUUUCCAGACACUUGCGAUCUCGUAUGCUGCGGAUCUCUGCCCUAUGCAUCUCAGAGGAUACAUGACUUCGUGGAUCAACAUGUGCUGGGUUAUCGGCGGUCUUCUAUCCACUGGAAUCCUUACUGGGCUCAUGCAGAACACAACGCAAUGGGGCUACCGCGUCCCUUUUGCCCUCCAGUGGAUCUGGCCCAUUCCUAUCAUCGCGGCUACUUUCCUCGCACCAGAAUCGCCAUGGUGGUUGGUCCGACAAGGUCGCAUCGACGAGGCCAAACAAGCUAUUCGCGCAAUCACGACACCCACAGAAGGCAUCGAGUUCGACCUUGAUGCGCACGUGGAGAUGAUGGUUGUCACCGAUCAGUACGAGAAGCAAGUCGGCUCUGGAACCAACUACUGGCAUUUGUUCCAAGGAAGCGAUCUACACCGUACCGAGGUCUCAGCCAUGGCUUUCAUCACUCAAGCUCUUUGCGGUGUUCCCUUCAUGGGCUUUGGGACCCAGUUCAUGCAAGGUGUAGGCCUCAGCCAGGAUGAUUCUUUCCAUCUUACUAUCGGACAAGACUGCCUGGGUCUCGUUGGAUGCUUCAUUGCCUGGUGGAUCAUGACACGCUUUGGUCGACGACCUAUCUAUCUCGUUGGAUUGACUGCCAUCUUCAUCAUUCUUAUGAUCGUCGGUUUCAUCGGCCUUGCACCACCGACCAACAAGAGCGCCAGUCUUGCUGGAGGUGUUUUGAUCAUUUUGAUGAUCUUCUGCUUCCAGCUCUCUCUGGGCCCUAUCUGCUACUCCCUCGCCGCCGAGAUCCCCUCAUCACGCCUUCGUGUUAAGACCGUCGCACUCUCUCGUGCUUCCUACAACUCCAUCGUCUUCGUCACAAACACUAUCAUGCCAAAGAUGGUUGGCAAGAACGACUGGAACUGGGGCGCCAAGGGUGGCUUCUUCUGGGCAGGAAUUGCGCUUCUAUUCAUCCUUUGGGGAUACUUCCGUCUUCCUGAGGCAAAGGGCUUCACCUACUCUGAACUCGAUCUCAUGUUUGAGCACAAGGUUUCCGCACGCAAGUUCACGCGCGAAGCAGCCGAUUCACUGAAGCCUGCUUUGACGGAGACUGCGAUGCAGUAUGAGAAGCAGAAUGGUGUUGAGCGCGUUGAGUCGCAUGCAUAA